AUGCGUGAGGCGGGGAAGGGAAAAGCGCGGGCACGUGCCAGCGCGCACGCGAAGAAGAGGGUAACGUCGUCGGCCGGUAGGACACCGGCGAUCGCGAAGCCCUCGCCGCCAAUUCUUCGUGUGCGAAAGCCUCGGAAACCGAAAACAGAAAACCAAAUCACGACCUCGAACUUCAGACCGCAUGUCCUCGCCGAGGACCGACUCGCCGCGUGGCACACGCCAUUCGGCUCAGCAUUCCGUUCCACCGCAUCAUCAUUCCUACCGAAAGAAACUUCCUCCCUCCUCUUCUCGACCAUGCUCCAGGCGAUCGAACCGAAAACCCGGAAAAAUUACGGCGCCGGCCUCCUCCGAUUCACCCAGUUCUGCGACUGCAUCCACAUCCCCAAAAAGGAUCGGAUGCCCGCGAACGAAACGUUGCUCGCAGCUUUCAUCGCCACAUGGGCGGGGAAAGUCGCGAGGACGACUACGGACUCGUGGCUGGCAGGCCUCGCGUUCUGGCACACGCUCAACGGAGCGCCCUGGCACGGCGAUCGGAUACUGCGCACGACUUGCCAAGCUGCGGGGAAGCUCGAGCCCGCGAAGCUGGCGAAGCGUCCACCGGUGACGCUCGAGCACAUGCACGCGCUACGCGCGGGCCUCAACUUGAGCAACGCGUUCGACGCGGCCGUGUACGCCACCGCGUGUUGCGCCUUCUGGGGCUGUAGACGCCUGGGGGAACUGGUCAUCGGUUCGCGGAACGCGUUCGACGCGGCGAAGCACGUCGCGCGGGGCACCACUGUGAGCUUCAAGGAGCUUCCCGGCGGCGCCAGGUACGCCAUUUUCCACAUCCCGUGGACCAAGACAACGAAGUUCGCGGGCGCAGACGUCGUCUUGACCGUGAACCCGGACCCCACGGAACCGGCGUCCGCGUUGCGCCACCAUCUGGUCGCGAACGCUAGCGUUCCCGCGACAGCACCCUUGUUCAGUUUCGAAACGGACUCGGGGGCAUGGGCGCCGAUGACGCGGGACUGGUUCCUCGACCGGUGCAACGAAGUCUGGAAGGCAGCCGAUCUCGGGGAGAUCUCGGGGCAUUGCUUCCGCAUCGGCGGGGCGACCGAGCUGCUCCUCCGCGGGACGCACCCGGACAUCGUAGCAACCCAGGGGGGAUGGAAAUCACGUUCGUUCCUCGAGUAUUGGCGAAAGAUAGAAAGCAUACUUCCCCUGUUCAUUUCCUCAUCGUUUGACAAGUCUCGUUUAAAGCUCGUAGAAGAUUCAAUGACCGCGUUCAAGCGCAAGUACGGACCUCGAUAG